AUGAAGUUGACUGUAGAUGGCUUAUUAGUGUAUUUCCCUUACGAUUAUAUCUACCCAGAGCAAUAUGCGUAUAUGCUAGAAUUAAAGCGCGCCCUAGAUGCUAAGGGACAUGGUCUUCUAGAGAUGCCUUCAGGAACAGGAAAAACAAUUUCAUUGCUUUCCCUCAUAGUUGCAUAUAUGAUACAAAAUCCACAUCAUAUUAGAAAGUUGAUAUAUUGUUCACGGACAAUCCCAGAGAUAGAAAAAGUGUUGGAGGAGCUCAAAAAUCUAUUUAAGUAUUAUGAAAAGUCACAGGGCGAGAAACCCAAUCUCACUGGUGUAGUGCUAAGUUCUAGGAAGAAUAUGUGUAUACAUCCAGAGGUAUCCCAAGAAAGAGAAGGAAAAUUAGUAGAUGGUAAAUGUCACUCUCUCACAGCCAGCUACAUCAGAGAAAGGCAUGAGCAAGAUCGAAGCAUACCAGUUUGUCAAUUCUAUGAAGGCUUUAAUACAGAGGGCAAAGAGUCAAUGCUGCCUUACGGCGUUUAUAAUGUGGAUGACCUGAAACAGUACGGAGCUGAUCGAAAUUGGUGUCCGUACUUCUUGUCAAGGUUUGCAAUAAUACAUGCGGAAAUUGUGGUAUAUUCAUAUCACUAUCUACUUGAUCCAAAGAUAGCUGAAGUUGUGUCGAAGGAAUUGAAUAAAGAAGCGGUAGUCGUCUUUGAUGAGGCUCAUAACAUAGACAAUGUGUGCAUAGACGCGCUGAGUGUCAAAAUCACAAGACGGACCAUAGACAAGAGCACACAGGCUCUACAGUCGUUGGAGAAAUCCGUUGCAGAAAUGAAAGCUGAAGACAGCAGUCGUCUUGCAGCUGAGUACGAAGCUCUUGUUGAAGGACUGCGUGAAGCUGCCCAUGCCAGAGACACUGACACUCUGCUCGCCAACCCUGUCCUACCAGAUGAAGUUUUGGACGAGGUGGUCCCUGGCAACAUCCGAAACGCGGAGCAUUUCCUAGGUUUCUUAAAACGUUUUAUCGAGUACCUGAAGACGCGCCUGCGCAUACAGCACGUUGUCCAAGAGUCGCCUGCUGGUUUCUUAAAAGAUGUAGCGUCCCGGGUGUGCAUAGAACGCAAACCGUUGCGGUUCUGCGCAACUCGUCUCCAGUCACUCUUGCGCACGCUACAAGUGGCCGAUCCCUCCCAUCUGGCAUCCCUUACUCUAGUCACCCACUUGGCCACCCUCGUCUCCACGUAUACCAAGGGUUUUGUUAUCAUCAUCGAACCGUUCGAUGAUAAGACGCCAACUGUCUCCAAUCCCAUAUUGCAUUUUUCUUGCAUGGACUCAUCUAUCGCGAUGCGACCAGUUUUUGCAAGAUUUCAAAGUGUAAUCAUAACAUCAGGCACACUUUCUCCUCUAGACAUGUACCCCAAGAUCCUGGACUUCAAUCCAGUCGUGGUGAGCUCUUUCACAAUGACACUCGCCAGGCCAUGUAUUCUGCCUAUGGUCGUGUCCAAAGGCAGUGAUCAGGUUGCGAUUUCUUCAAAAUACGAGACACGAGAAGAUGUUGCCGUUAUAAGAAACUAUGGACAAUUGCUUGUGGAGAUAGCGGGGUGUGUACCGGACGGCGUAGUUUGCUUCUUCACUUCUUAUCUCUACCUGGAAAGCGUAGUGGGAGCCUGGUACGAUCAAGGUGUGGUCGCGAGUCUACAACGACAUAAGCUAUUGUUCAUUGAAACACAAGAUUCAGCUGAGACUAGCUUCGCUCUUAUCAACUACAUAAAGGCUUGUGAAAGCGGCCGCGGUGCGGUGUUGCUGUCCGUGGCACGUGGAAAGGUUUCCGAGGGUGUGGACUUCGAUCAUCAUCUAGGAAGAGCCGUGCUUAUGUUUGGGAUUCCGUACGUCUUCACCCAAAGUAGAAUAUUGAAAGCGCGGUUGGAGUACUUGCGAGAUCAAUUUCAGAUUCGUGAAAACGACUUCCUUACAUUCGACGCCAUGAGACACGCGGCCCAGUGUGUCGGUCGAGCGUUACGAGGGAAAACUGACUACGGUGUAAUGAUAUUCGCGGACAAGCGGUUCAGUCGUUCGGAUAAACGUAGCAAGUUGCCGCGUUGGAUACAGGAACAUCUCAAGGAUUCGCUGACUAAUCUCUCCACGGAGGAGGCUGUGCAGAUAUGCAAGCGCUGGCUCCGACAGAUGGCGCAACCGUUCACCCGCGAGGACCAACUCGGUGUUUCAUUGCUCACACUACAGCAGCUGCAGAGCAAAGAGCAGCAAGAGAAGAUACAAAAGGCUGUGGUGCAGCAAUAA